AUGCUGGAUGUAACAAACUUUCACCUGUUGAGUGGAAUUGGUUCUAUAGACCCCUCCAUGACAACUAAUGCUGCAACUAGCAGUGGAACUACAUUAACAAAUAACAACAACCAAAUCAACACAGAACCUAAAACAACUGCUUAA